AUGGCUUCUAUCGACUUGAAACGUAUUCCACGAAGUGUGCCCUAUGUGAAUUCGGAUGCAUCAAAAUGCCAGAAACUGGCAUCGCUGGCAGCAUUGGAAGACCAUAAAACUGUCGUCGAGACCAGUCUACGAUUACUAACGGGCACAUGGAUAUCUGAAGGUUGUGAAACACGACCAGGCUCAGAAUUCGUCAUACGUUCUUACACGUUCGACAGUGAUGGACGAUACUUUCUGAUUCAGCACCACUAUUGGGACGACUCAUGUUCAUCCCCCCAACUUACGGUGCUUUCCCAUGGCCGUAUUCAGUUGAGAAACUCUUUAAUCCAACCUGGAGCAGCCAGCGGUAUCAUCAAGCUGACCAACAUUACCAUAAUACCCCAAGAUAACAAUGCAGCCAAGGAGUUGGAUAAGGUUGUCGCCAUGGAAUGUCCAGGUCAAUAUUGGAAAUCCUGGCGCAGAUAUGAAGAGCACACUGUGUACGAUAGUCGCUACGAUGAGAAAAAGAAGAUAUAUAACCUCUGGGCUUCAACUUACGAGCAUUCAGUGAACACCAGGGGAAACGUCCAUUUCAGCGACAUCUCUUGCAUGGGAUCACUGAAAUGGGCCUUCACUGAACUAAAACUGUUGAAAAUACAACUCAGACCAAUCUUAGAAGGGACUAAGAAGGCGUACAAACACAUGAGGAUGGAACUUCUGUUAGGAGACAUCCAUUCAAAUUUCAGACUGAGGGAAAUUUACAACCCCACAAGUUUCCAGGUUCCCCUAGUGAAACAAGCCAAAGACGAAACGAUCUUCAUCAAUAGACACUCGUAUUUAAUCAAGAACUUGAACAACAUCCCAAUGAACAUUUUCACGAAUGGAAAAGCGCCCCCACACUUAAUAGAAAAGCCUCACCUACCCCCUUACAUUUGGGGCGAGUGGACGUCCACUCGUUGCGAAGUAAGGCCGAUGGGACUAUACCUUACUAGGAAGUUUUCCUUCUAUUCAGAAGAUUCCACAUGGGUGGGAGAACACAGGUUCUUCUCCGACCCCUUCUGCAAAAUCUCCAAGUUUGUCGUUACAGCAGCAGGACAUUUUUCCCUGCAAGGUCCAAACAAGGAACUUAGAGGUUCUACUAAUAUAGACUUCCACAUAGAGGAAGCCACUUUGGUUGUUUUGGAACAAAGGAUGAUCCACGAAAUGAGACUGACAGGGUUGUGUGGUAAGGGUGAGUGGGAGGUUAAUGUUCUUAAAGAAUUGAGCACCACGAAUGGUUGUCCUCAGUUAGGAAUAACUCUUCCUUCAGAGCUGUAUGAUAUCGUGAAGCUAGAAAUGGACUACAAAGGUUCUUGUUUGCUCUUUCUGGGGCAAGUUGAGACUGAUAAUAUGCAUACCCCGUCCACUGGGAGGCCUUCUGCCUUUCAGUUGCCUCUGAUUAAAUGUGGAGAAGUCUCAAAUUAUUCCCAAGGUUUAAAAGAUAUUCUAACCAGUAGUAUGUACUAUAACAGCGCCAGUAAUCACGAAUUGAAUUGUCUUAUUGCAAAAUGUUCAUUUAUAGUUGCCUUUAUUGUGUUGUGUUUAAGUAGGUAA